UCGCAAGUGCGUGGCAGCGUCGAUUACUAAGUAUUUGUAUUGUAGUCGAUUAGUCGUCGCGGUGCUACGACACGCUGCGCCACACUAAUAUAUUUUGUUGUAAAACGUGUGGGACUGUGGUAUCAUCUAAUCUAUAUAAACACAACAAACCUUUAUUACCUUUGUUUGUAACGAAGUUCAUUGAUAGGUACUUGUUUCGCGUCAUAGCUUUUAGCGUCUAUCUGACGCAGUAGCACGGUUUGUUUCGUAAUAUUGUUGUUAUUUACAUUGUACAAUGGCUGAGGCGACCGAAAGUGAGCCUAUGCCAUCGUCUAGUGAGGGUGAGGUCGAGAUUGACGCGAAAGAUUCCGAUGAGCCAUUGACUAAAAAACGUAAACUGACCGACAAAGAGGGGAGUGACAAGCUCGAGCAUAGGCUAGGAGGAAUCCUCUGCUGCGCAGUUUGCUUGGACCUGCCUCAGGCGGCCGUGUAUCAGUGUAGCAAUGGUCACCUCAUGUGUGCUCCAUGCUUCACGCACUUACUCGCGGAUGCACGGCUGCGCGACGAGGCAGCAACGUGCCCCAACUGUCGUGUGGAAAUCUCUAAGACGUCCGCCUCCAGGAACCUAGCCGUCGAGAAGACAGUCUCAGAGCUCCCUUCCGAGUGCAAGUUCUGCACGCGCGUAUUCCCGCGCCAUUCGCUGCAGCACCACGAGGAGAACACGUGCGAGGAGAGGCUGACGGGGUGCCGCUACGCGUGCAUCGGCUGCCCGUGGCUGGGCCCCGCGCACGAGGGCGGCGCGCACGAGGCGGCCUGCGCGCACCCCGCCAAGUCGGCCGCCGACGUGGUGGCCACGCUGGCCGAGCGGGACCGCCUCGUUAAUGAGGCGAAUGCAGUCUACAAUCAGGUGCUCGAUCUACUCUCCUACGAGAAAAUUGCCUUUAACGACUUGCAGUUGAAGCCGUAUCGUACGGAGGAGUUCAUGCAUAAGCUGUAUUACGAGACGUCGCGCUUCUCCGCCUUCGGCCACCAGUGGGUAGUGAAAGCAUUCGUCAACAAGAACCAGCGCGACCCCACGCAGAGCUCGCAGCGGGAGAUCACCUACCAGUUGAUCCUGAAGAGCAAGGCCCCGGUGGGUCUGGGCGUGCAGUGGGUGGUGCUGCGCGGGCCGUGGGGCGAGGCGCGGCUGGGCGCGGCGGUGCGCGCGCACUGCUUCCACGAGGACGCGCCCGACGCCGCGCCCGCGCCGCUGCCGCUCGCCGACCGCGACGACACCAACAGGCUGCUCUCCAACAAGGCCAUCCACUUCCGCCCUGUAACCUUGCUACAUGACCUGCCCAUUUCCACUUUAGUAUGA